AUGUUCUACUGCCAUUUUUGUGGUGUGAGCUUCAAUAUCAUCUUUCGCCUCAAAUCUGGGGAGCUAGACGUGCCUGGUCCUCAAGACGGCCAAUGCGAUGAGACAGACCUAAUUAAUUCUACGGAUGACGACGACACAGCUCAAGAUCCUGAUUAUCAAUUCCAAAGGGAUUAUGAGGAGAAUGAGCCAUAUGAAUAUGACUCCGAUUACGAAUCUACCGACGGCAUGGGCCUUGACGAAGAUGCGCAUGAGGACAGCGAAGGCAGCAGUAGUGAUGCAAAUACUGAUUCCGAACGUCAAAUGUUUUACAAUUGGGUGUUGCAAACUUUUGACCCUAGAAGCGCCACGAGGGGGGAUCCCCAACUGCGCGUUGGAUAUUUUGAUACUCCAAUGUCGGGCUACUCGGCUGAUGCUAUCUCACCCGAAGAGGCGAGAGGCUGUCGCACCGCCCAGUUCCUGGUGCAUAAAACGGUACCGAGGGAUCAAUGGCAAGCUGACCAGUUACAUCAGCCCUGGGAGAUUGAUGGGGAUUGGUCUUUAUCCGGGAUAUGUGAUGGAACCCCGUCGCGUGAUACGGGCAUCCCCACAGUGUGGCCCGCGCGAAAUGGGAUAGAAGAUGUACAGACAGACAAUGUGGACACUGGGGUGCAAGACACAUCACCGGAUGAUAUAGCCAUGCCGUUCCAUCCGUGGUGCUUUGAUAUCUUCUGCCGACAAUCGAAAAUCCAGUUUCAGCGCAUCAAUGUUUCUGGACUGAUGACCUGGCGGAAUGCCGAGUUUGAUUGGGCUGCCUUUGGAUCAUUUCCUCGAGCCAGAGAGGUUAAAGCCUCACAGGAGCAAUGGUGGUCCCAUAAGCCUGGCACUGAGUAUCUGGUUUCCAAUCCCCUUUGUGUGCCCGGGCUACCGGAAAUCCUUCUCUCCGCGGUCAAAGACGAAUGGUUGGCUGUCUCAUGUGACUCAUAUGAUGAGGCUAGGUCGUCUCAUGUGACGAAUCGCCAUACCCCAUCUCACAAUAGCCAGGCCGACGUUCUCUCCGUCCUUUCAGCAGAAAUCCGGCUCAUGAUUAUCGACUAUCUAGGCUCUAGUGAUAUCACUAGUUUAAGCAUUGCUUCUAGGGCAUUCACUGAACUCCCAAACAGUGUGUGGUACAGGCUAGUACGCAGGGAAAUGCCCUGGUUAUGGGAAGCCUGGGAUGAAUCCGAAUGCAAACACAGCCCUUCACUCUGGACAAAUGUAACAACGGCUGAGAUCAAGUCUGUUAUCAGGGCACGGAGUACCUAUGCCAAGGCCUUGUGUGAAGAUGUCUAUACAAAACAUGCCGCUGAGAGAGUUGCUGAGUACCGAUUUCCUCUAUCCGUGACCAUGCCAGACCAGGUGAAAUUGCCUCGAAUGAAUACUGACUGGCGUCGUGUACUGGUACAAAUUCAACUGAAUUGGGACAGGCUUAAAGGGUUGCAGAAUCGACAGCGGAUUUGGGUGGACGUGGAGGAGGUUGUGAGGCGUAUUCGCAAGUUUGAUGUAUGA